GCAUCUGUGACGUCAUGAAGUGAGUUUUUACAGGAGAUUGUGGAGUUUGUGUAAUUGUUUUAUUUUUAAUUUUCUUUGCAGUCAAGCAUUUUUGCAUUUUUCAAUCAGAAAUUAAGAAGCUGAUCCAGGAUAAGCACAUAUCACUCGACUGUGUCCGAAGGGGUAAAGAGACCUACUCUAGCCAACACAGGGUGUAGUCCAGAGAUGAGUUCAGACGCUGAGAUGAGUGUUUUUGGAGAGGCUGCCUCAUAUCUGAGGAGACCUGAGCGAGAGAGAAUUGAAGCCCAGAACAGGCCCUUUGAUGCCAAAACUGCAGUGUUUGUAGUGGAUCCAAAGGAGCUGUUUGUUAAAGGCACGCUACAAAUCAAAGAGGGUGGCAAAGCUACUGUUAAAACCCAUACAGGGAAGGUUGUAACAGUGAAGGAUGAGGAAAUCUUUCCCAUGAACCCGCCCAAGUUCGACAAGAUCGAGGACAUGGCCAUGAUGACCCACCUGAACGAGGCCUCAGUGCUGUUUAACCUCAAAGAGCGUUAUGCAGCGUGGAUGAUCUAUACCUACUCUGGGCUCUUCUGUGUCACUGUCAACCCCUACAAGUGGCUCCCAGUGUAUAACCAAGAGGUAGUGGUGGCCUACAGAGGCAAAAAGCGCCAAGAGGCUCCUCCACACAUCUUCUCCAUAUCUGACAAUGCCUAUCAGUUCAUGCUGACUGAUAGAGAAAACCAGUCCAUCCUAAUUACUGGAGAAUCUGGUGCAGGCAAGACUGUCAACACUAAACGUGUCAUUCAGUAUUUUGCGACAAUCGCAGGUUCUGGGGACCGGAAAAAAGAAGUUAGUGUCUCUGGAAAAUUACAGGGAAAUCUAGAGGACCAGAUCAUAUCUGCUAACCCACUGCUAGAGGCUUUUGGAAAUGCCAAAACAGUCAGAAAUGACAACUCCUCCCGUUUUGGCAAAUUUAUUAGAAUCCACUUUGGAACCACAGGAAAACUGGCUUCCGCUGAUAUUGAAACUUAUUUGCUGGAAAAAUCUAGGGUAACGUUUCAGCUCUCUGCAGAGAGGAGUUACCAUGUUUUCUACCAGAUCAUGUCCAACAAAAAGCCUGAGCUCAUAGAGACUCUGCUCAUCACCACCAACCCCUAUGACUACCAAUUUGUCAGCCAAGGGGAAAUUAGUGUGUCCAGUAUUGAUGAUAGCGAAGAACUUAUGGCCACUGAUGUAAGUGGCAUUUUUUUAUUUACCAUCAGCUUCAACAUAGUACUUACAUCAGCCCCGACCUGCUUUCAGAGCGCAAUCGACAUCCUUGGCUUUACUGGAGAGGAGCGGAUCGGCAUCUACAAGCUAACCGGAGCUGUGAUGCACUAUGGAAGUAUGAGGUUCAAGCAGAAGCCGAGGGAAGAGCAGGCAGAGCCAGAUGGAACAGAGGUGGCUGACAAAGCAGCUUACCUGAUGGGUCUGAACUCUGCUGACCUGUUGAAAGCACUGUGUUACCCUAGGGUGAAGGUUGGCAAUGAGUAUGUGACCAAAGGGCAGACUGUUCAGCAGGUCUACAACUCGAUUGGGGCUUUGGCCAAAUCCGUUUAUGAAAAGAUGUUUCUGUGGAUGGUCCUACGCAUUAACCAGAUGCUGGACACCAAGCAGCCCAGGCAGUUCUUUAUUGGAGUCCUGGACAUAGCUGGGUUUGAAAUAUUUGAUUACAACAGCCUGGAACAGCUGUGUAUCAAUUUCACCAAUGAGAAACUUCAGCAGUUUUUCAACCAUCACAUGUUUGUGCUGGAGCAAGAGGAGUAUAAGAAAGAAGGCAUUGAAUGGCAGUUCAUUGACUUUGGGAUGGAUUUGGCUGCUUGUAUAGAGCUGAUUGAAAAGCCAAUGGGCAUUUUCUCCAUCCUGGAAGAAGAGUGUAUGUUUCCCAAAGCAUCAGACACCACUUUUAAAAACAAGCUAUAUGAUCAACAUCUUGGAAAAUCAAACAAUUUUCUGAAGCCCAAGCUUGUGAAAGGCAAGCCUGAGGCUCACUUCUCCCUGGUUCACUAUGCUGGCACCGUGGACUACAUCAUCACAGGCUGGUUGGACAAAAACAAGGACCCCCUGAAUGAGACUGUAGUCCAGCUCUACCAGAAAGCUAGCCUCAAACUACUGGCAUUCCUCUAUUCCACCUACGCUUCAUCGGACGAGAACACAGGUGGAGGAAGUGGGGGAGCUUCUAAGAAGUCAGCAAAGAGAAAGGGCUCAUCCUUCCAGACUGUAUCCGCUCUCUUCCGAGAGAACCUGGGAAAGCUGAUGACCAAUCUCAGAAGCACCCAUCCUCAUUUUGUUCGGUGCCUGAUUCCUAAUGAAACAAAAACUCCAGGAAUUAUGGAGCAUCACCUGGUUAUCCAUCAGCUGCGAUGCAAUGGGGUGCUGGAAGGAAUCAGGAUCUGUAGGAAGGGCUACCCCAGUAGAAUCCUGUACGGGGAUUUCAAGCAAAGGUACAAAGUACUGAAUGCUAGUGUGAUCCCCGAGGGACAAUUCAUUGACAACAAAAAAGCUGCUGAGAAGCUCUUAGGGUCUAUUGAUGUUGAUCAUACCCAGUACAAGUUUGGCCAUACCAAGGUAUUCUUCAAAGCAGGUCUUUUGGGUUUGCUAGAAGAAAUGAGGGAUGAGAAACUUGCUUCUCUCAUCACCAUUACUCAAGCCUUGUGCCGUGGCUUUCUGAAAAGGAAGGAGCUUCAGAAAAUGUUUGAGAGGAGAGAAUCCAUUUACAUCAUCCAGUACAACAUUCGCUCUUUCAUGAACGUAAAACACUGGCCGUGGAUGAAACUCUACUUCAAGCUCAAGCCGCUCCUGAGGAGCGCUGAAACAGAGAGGGAGAUGGCCAUAAUGAAAGUUGAGUUUGCCAAGUGUAAGGAGGAUUUAGCCAAAGCUGAGGCCAAGAGAAAGGAGCUGGAAGCCAAAAUGGUCUCCCUGCUCCAGGAGAAGAAUGACCUGUGCUUACAGAUUCAAUCUGAAAGUGAGAGUCUGGCAGAUGCAGAGGAACGGUGUGAAGGGCUGAUUAAGAACAAGAUUUUGUUAGAGGCUAAAACCAAAGAACUCGGGGAGAGACUAGAGGAUGAAGAGGAGGUAAAUGCUGAACUGACGGCAAAGAAGAGGAAGCUAGAGGAUGAGUGCUCUGAGCUAAAGAAAGACAUAGAUGACUUGGAACUCACCCUGGCUAAAGUAGAGAAGGAAAAACACGCCACUGAAAACAAGGUGAAAAAUCUGACUGAAGAAAUGUCCUCUCUUGAUGACACCAUUGCCAGACUGUCCAAGGAGAAGCUGGCCCUGCAGGAGGCUCACCACCAAACGCUGGAUGACCUCCAAGCAGAGGAAGACAAAGUUAAUUCUCUUACUAAAAUGAAGACAAAGCUGGAGCAACAAGUUGAUGAUCUUGAGGGUGCACUAGAACAAGAGAAGAAGGCCAGGAUGGAUGUUGAGAGGGUGAAAAGGAAACUUGAGGGCGAUCUGAAAUUGUCUCAAGAAUUUAUAAUGGAUUUGGAAAAUGACAAACAACAGCUGGAAGAACGCCUUAAAAAGAAAGACUUUGAAUUUAACCAACUUGUUGCCAAAAUUGAAGAUGAGAAGAGUAUGGCUAUGCAGUCGCAGAAGAGGAUCAAAGAACUGCAGGCUCGUGUUGAAGAGCUGGAAGAGGAGACUGAAGCCGAGCGUGUUGCCAGAGCUAAAGUAGAAAAACAAAGAUCGGAUCUGUCCAGGGAGCUUGAGGAGCUCAGUGAUAGGCUGGAGGAGGCCGGAGGGGCCACAGUCACUCAGAUUGAGACGAACAAGAAGCGGGAGGCUGAGCUUCAGAAACUGAAACGAGACCUUGAAGAAUCAACGCUUCACCAUGAGGCCCUCGCUGCGGCCUUAAGGAAGAAACACGCUGACACUGUGGCUGAGCUGGGAGAGCAGAUUGACAACCUGCAGAGAGUCAAACAGAAGCUGGAGAAGGAAAAGAGUGAGUACAAGAUGGAGACUGAUGACCUGUCCAGCAACAUAGAGGUCAUGGUCAAGGCCAAGGCCAAUUCUGAGAAGCUGUGUCACUCUCUGGAAGACCAGCUAAGGGAACUGAAGGCAAAAAAUGACGAGAACACUCGUCUGAUCAAUGAAAUAAAUGCUCAAAGGGCAAAACUUCAGAAUGAAAAUGACGAGUUUUCUCAUCUCCUUGAGGAGAAAGAGGCGAUGCUGAACCAGAUGUCAAGGGCAAAGCUUGCCUUUACUCAGCAGAAUGAGGAACUGAAGAGACAAGUUGAAGAAGAAACGAAGGCUAAGAAUGCCCUUGCCCAUGCGCUCCAGUCAGCUCGCCACGACUGUGAUUUGCUAAGGGAGCAGUUUGAGGAAGAACAGGAAGCCAAAGCUGAGCUCCAGAGAACAAUGUACAAGGCCAAUACCGAGGUUGCCCAGUGGAGAACAAAAUAUGAAACCGAUGCAAUUCAGCGCAAUGAUGAACUAGAAGAGGCCAAGAAAAGGCUUGCCCAACGUCUACAAGAGGCUGAAGAAACUGUUGAGGGUGCGAAUGCCAAGUGCUCAUCUCUGGAGAAGACAAAGCAAAGGCUGCAGGGAGAGGUGGAGGAUCUCAUGGGGGAUGUGGAAAGAGCAAAUGCUCAAGCAGCUAGCCUGGAUAAAAAACAGAGAAGCUUUGAUAAGGUUCUGUCAGAAUGGAAGCAAAAGUGCGAGGAGAGUCAGGCUGAGCUGGAUGGAUCGCAGAAGGAGUGUCGCUCCCUCAGUACUGAGCUCUUCAAAAUAAAGAACUCUUAUGAGGAAGCCCUGGAGCAGCUUGAGGUUCUCAAACGAGAAAAUAAAAACCUGCAGCAGGAAAUCUUUCAUCUGACUGAACAACUUGGAGAUAAUAGCAAAGUAAUGCAUGAGCUGGAGAAGAUAAAAAAACAAACUGAGACUGAGAAGACGGAGAUCCAGAAUGCUCUGGAGGAGGCGGAAGCCUCUCUGGAACACGAGGAAUCCAAAAUUCUCCGUAUCCAUGUGGAGCUCUCUCAGAUCAAAGGAGAGGUCGAUCGCAGGAUGGCUGAAAAGGAUGACGAGAUCGAACAAUUAAAGCGCAGUCACCUGCGCAUCGUGGAAACCAUGCAGUCUACUUUAGAUGCUGAGGUACGCGGCAAAAACGAUGGUGUGAGAAUCAGGAAGAAAAUGGAGACUGAUCUCAACGAGAUGGAGAUCCAGCUGAGCCACGCCAAUCGGCAGGCUGCUGAGGCCCAGAAGCAGCUGAGGAACGUGCAAGCCCACCUCAAGGAACAAACGCUCCAUUUGGACGAGGCCCUGCACAGCCAGGAAGACCUGAAAGAGCAGGUGGCUGUGGUGGAGCGCAGGAACAACCUGAUGCAGACAGAGGUGCAGGAGCUCAUGGCUGCUCUGGAGCAGUCUGAGAGAAGCCGUAAGGUGGCUGAACAGGAGCUGACUGACGCCUGUGAGAGAGUUGGACUGCUACACUGUCAGAAUACCAGUCUCCUCAAUUCAAAGAGGAAGCUGGAUGCAGACGUUAGCCAGCUACAGGGAGAGAUGGAGGAGGCGAUCCAGGGGGCCCGCAAUGCAGACGAGAAAGCUAAGAAGGCAAUCACUGAUGCAGCCAUGAUGGCAGAGGAGCUGAAGAAAGAGCAGGACACCAACGGCCAUCUGGAGAGGAUGAAGAAGAACCUGGAGGCAACUGUGAAGGAUCUGCAGCACCGUAUGGAUGAAGCUGAGAGGCUGGCUUUAAAAGGGGGCAAGAAGCAGCUACAGAAACUGGAAGCUCGUGUGCGUGAACUAGAGGGCGCAGUAGAGAGUGAGCAGAAGAGAGCCACGGAUGCAGUCAAGGGAACCCGCAAAUAUGAGAGGAGAGUCAAGGAGCUCACUUAUCAGACUGAAGAGGACAAGAAGACUGUUCUGAGGCUGCAGGAUCUGGUGGAUAAGCUGCAACUCAAAGUCAAGGCUUACAAACGGCAGAAUGAGGAAGCUGAGGAGCAGGCCAACGUUUAUCUGGCAAAGCUUAGAAAGGUGCAGCACGAGCUGGAGGAGGCACAGGAGCGGGCCGACAUCGCAGAGUCGCAGGUCAACAAGAUGAGAACCAAGAGCAGGGAAUUUGGAAAGGCUGCUGAAUCUGAGUAGCCCAGAGGUGACGAAACCAAGCCAAGCAACUACAAAUUUAGUAAAGUGAACAAACGUUCUGCAUUGAACUUGUUUCAGAAUAAAGGGGUGUGAAGCAUUUUGUUUUUUCUUGCCCAAAGACUGCCACUUAAAAUUUGAGCCCACGCAUUAAUGUAUACUCACCUACCCUGAUCAUCUUUACAAAAAUUACCACAAAUGGAAAAUGACAACAAUAAGCACUGAUAAUUAGCAGGUUAGUUUAAGAUUUGUAGUGAUAAUUGGGUUUUAUGGAUGGUAGAUCACUUGAUCCACUGUAAGAUGCCCUUUGUGGAUACUUAACGUCUAAAUUAAGCAUUUGUUCACAGAGAGCAGUGUAGAUCAAAGCAGAAUUCCUGCUGACAUUUACAUCCCGAUGUGACAUAACUGUCUUCUUCACGGUCACUUACCAACAAACACUGCUCAAUCCUAGUUCGAGAGCAGUGGCUCAACCAUGAUUAGACCAGUGUAAUCAAAGGCACAUACAGUAUGCACCAACCAGAGAGCCCCCAGAAGAAGCAUUUAUUUAGUUGUCACUCUAUACAACUAGAGGGCUCCCUUGAACAACACACGUAGCAUUAACAGAGGAAGGCCCAAGGAGGAAUAAGAAUUGUUAGUUUAGAGAUGGAAAUAGACCUAGUUUUAAAAAAAGAAGGUUCCUACUGUACAUAGCCAUAAUCACAGUUUUACUAUUGUUAUUAGCAGAGAGCUGUAACCAUAAAGCCCACACUUACACACUACAGUACAUAAAAAACUUGAAGUGGGCCUAUAUGUGAUUUCUUUGUUUUCCUGUUCUCUGUAUUCUGUGUACAAAAGCUACAGUAAUAAUCAGUAAGUAGAUUAUUAAGUAUAUUUAAAUGUUUUCAUCCUAACACAUUAUAAGCAUUAAUUGUCCCCUAUAGCUUAAGUAGAGCUAAAUAUAGUGGUUACCGUAUUUAUCAGAAAUACAUUCAUGUGGUGUCAUAUUAAAUACAGUAUUAUAUUGACA